AUAUGGGUCUUGCAGGAAGUCGUCAAUCCUUCGUCUGAAGAGAAGAAACUGUUGUUUUUGACGGAUAUGGGGUACACAGUGGAAGAAGCUUCCAUCGCCAUAGAAAGAUGUGAUCUGUAUUCUAUUCUUCCGCUUUUGGAAGAUAACCUCUUUCUUCCUCUCGAUGUUGUAGGUCCUGACGCCUCAGUAGCCGAGCUGGCGGAUUUCAUAUGUGCUGGUCAGAUGUCAAAGGAAGCAGAUGCCCUUCUAGGACCUGAAGAGGAGCCCAGACUGCUCAAUAACUUUACAAAGCACAAGAAGAGGAAACAUUCUAAUUGUGAUGCUUGGAGCAAGAAAAGAAGAGGCGAGAAAAAGCUCUUGCAUGGAGAUGAGGAGCCGAUUCGUCUCCCAAAUCCCAUGGUCGGGUUUGGGGUACCCACGGAGUCGAGAACAAUAGUUCACCGAACACUUCCAGAGGCGGCUAUUGGACCUGCCUACUUUUACUAUGAAUACGUAGCACUUGUUCCCAAGGGAGUUUGGGACACCGUUUCUCGGUUCUUUUAUGAUGUGGAACCAGAAUUUGUAGAGUCGAAGUACUUCUGUGCUACUGCAAGAAAAAGGGGCUAUGUCCAUAACCUGCCUAUCAAUAACAGGUUUCCUCUUCUUCCACUCCCUCCGCGCACGAUUCAUGAAGCAUUGCCGUUGACGAAGAAGUGGCGGCCUUUAUGGGACACAAGGACGAAGCUGAAUUGCUUACAAACAUGCAUUGGCAGCGCAGAGCACAGAGAGGCUCUUGAACAUCACGAUGGCGAGUCAGAGCCUCCUCUGAGGAUCCAAAAGUAUGUCCAUUAUGAAUGCCGCAAGUGGAACCUCGUGUGGGUGGGAAGAAACAAGCUGGCUCCGUUGGAGCCUGAUGAAGUGGAAAUGCUUUUGGGUUUCCCAAAAAAUCACACCAGAGGAGGUGGGAUUAGCAGAACCCAUAGAUACAAAUCGCUGGGCAAUUCCUUCCAGGUUGAUACUGUGGCUUAUCAUCUCUCCGUCCUGAAGGAUUUGUUCCCUGCUGGAAUGAACCUCCUCUCUCUCUUCUCAGGAAUUGGUGGCGCAGAAGUUGCUCUUCGUCGGCUUGGAAUCCCGCUAAAAAACGUGGUCUCCAUGGAAAUAUCUGAAGUCAACAGAAAUAUCAUGAGGAGUUGGUGGGAGCAAACGAACCAGAAGGGCAAUUUGACCCACAUAGCGGAUGUUCAACAGUUGAAUGGGGACAGGCUGGAGCAGCUUAUGAACUCCUUUGGCGGGUUCAAUCUCAUCAUUGGCGGAAGCCCAUGCAACUAUCUCGCCGGCAGUAACAGGCACAGCAGGGAUGGGCUGGAAGGCAAGGAGUCCUCGCUUUUCUAUGAUUAUUUUCGGAUUUUGGAUCUGGUCAAGUGCAUCAUGUCCAAAGGCCACUGAUUGAUGAUGUAAAGCACCUGACUGAACAACGGUUGACCAAUUUUUAGGCGGGUUUUAGUUCUUCUCUGGCUCAAAAUUGAAUCGCUGAAGGGGUGCCCAAAACAUCUUUAACUGUUCAUGUUUCUAAUUCUAUUCUCCUCUUCAAUUUAAUAAAUCUCCUUGCAAUUCCCAUG